CCAUCGUCAACACCGGAACAACACGUGAACAGAAGGUAAAACAGCAGCUAAUGGUUCAUAAAACAUGAAUAAACUAGAUUAAAUAGGGUCAGGAUGGGUCGCUCCUCAAAAGACAAGCGGGACAUUUACUAUCGUCUGGCCAAAGAGGAGGGCUGGAGAGCGAGGAGCGCCUUCAAGCUGCUGCAGCUGGACCAGGAGUUCAACUUGUUCACAGGAGUGAACAGAGCGGUGGAUCUGUGUGCGGCUCCUGGCAGCUGGAGUCAGGUCCUCAGUCGGAAACUCAGAGGGCUGGAGGAGAAAGGAGAGAAGGUCGAGGAGGUGAAGAUCGUGGCGGUGGACCUGCAGGCCAUGGCUCCUCUGCCGGGAGUCACCCAGAUCCAGGGAGACAUCACCAAGGUGUCCACAGCUCAGGAGAUCAUCCGUCACUUUGAGGGUCAGCCGGCUGAUCUGGUGGUGUGUGAUGGAGCUCCAGACGUAACCGGUCUCCAUGACGUGGACGAGUACAUCCAGGCUCAGCUCCUAUUGGCCGCUCUGAACAUCACAUCUCACGUCCUGAAACCUGGGGGGACGUUUGUGGCCAAACCCCCUGGUGGCCAGUACAUACAUUAUGUGGCCCCCACCACCAUCCAAGUUGCCCAUCCCUGCUCUACAGGGAAGAUCUUCAGAGGUAAAGACGUCACUCUGCUGUACUCCCAGCUCAAGCUCUUCUUCGGUGGUGUAACCUGCGCAAAGCCCCGCAGCAGCAGGAACUCCAGCAUCGAGGCCUUCGUCGUGUGUCAGAAUUACUCUCCUCCUGAAGGCUACGUCCCCAACAUGUCCAACCCUCUGCUGGAUCACGCCUACGACGUGGACUUCAACCAGCUGGAGGGUCCGAACCGCGUCAUCGUUCCCUUCCUGGCGUGCGGCGACCUCAGCGCCUUCGACUCCGACCGGACGUACCCUCUGCAGCUGGACUCUGGUAAACAGUACGAGUACACCCCCCCCACGCAGCCCCCGAUCUGCCCCCCCUACCAGCAGGCCUGCCACCUCCGAAAAAACAACCUGCUGUCCAGAGAAGAUGCCAAACGUCCCGACCAGAACCAGGACGAGACGGGUCCAACAGCCGAGUCCAACUCAUCCGUCUGACAGCUGCUGAUCUGUGGGGAAAGUUACACAGCUUUUAAAUGGAACAGUUUGAUAUUAUGAGAGAGUCUCUUCUUUUCUGUCCGACAAGCAGAUAGACAUUUGUUUCAUUUCCGUCCAUUACAGAGGCCCAAGCAUGUUUAGCUUAGCAUAAAGACUGCUAGCCAUUCCCUGCAUCCAGUCUGUGUGCUAAGCUAGGCUAAACAUGCUCUGGACUGUUUGCUGUACUUGGUAUUUUUAAAGUCCUGGGAGUACGUGUUUACCACAUUUGUCAGAUUUUAUGUUCCAGUAUCUUUGGACAAAUCUUUCAUCCACCAUGGUUGAGGAACUAUAAGCAUUUUGUAUUUUAACAAUAAAGUCAUUUCUUUGAGGCGAACCAACAUGGUGGUAUUUUCAGUGUUAUUAAACCCUGCAUUAUGUUAUUUUUCUGUCAUGCAUUUCUUCAUGCUUUUCUUAAUAAACAGCCCUGCCCUGA